AUGUCUUCAUCCUCGAUUGAUAAAAGUGCCCCGAUCGUCAUCAUCGGGGCGGGCGUGUUUGGCCUCUCCAGUGCCAUCCAUCUGGUCAAGCGGGGAUACACGAACGUCACCGUAUUUGACCGCCAGCCCUACCACGAGACACACUAUGACUUUGACCGCGGCUGCGAUGCCGCCUCGGCCGACUGCAACAAGAUCAUCCGUGCCGCCUAUGGCCACGAAACAUGGUACCAGAACCUGACCCUCGAAGCCAUCCAGGUGUGGGAAUCCUGGAACAACUCGCUCGCCACGGGAACGAUGCUUCCCCCGGGCAUGACUCGCAGCGAGCGCAUCUAUGUCAACUGCGGAAACUAUCAUUUCGGGGACCACGGCGACGCGGCCGGACUCAAUCCUUUCGAAAAGGCGUCGGUGGAGAACAUCACCAAGGCUGGUCUCGGCCACACCCAGUACCUCUUUGCAUCCAACCCGGAAGAGGUGGAGCGAGCCAAGAAGGAUGGCUACGGGUAUGCCGUCGAUCCCUUCCACCUCGGUGAGGGUCAACCCUCCGGGUAUCUCGACCUGAUCGGAGGAUUCGUGUACGCCGACAAGGCAUGCCGAUACGCGCUGCACCUGGCGCAGCAGCUGGGAGUCCACCUCGUGCUCGACCGACAAGCCGGCAGUUUCGAGGGCUUGGUUGAAGACAGCACGGGUACGGUCACCGGGAUCCGGACCGCGGACGGCCAACAACACCCAGCCUCCCUCACCAUCAUGGCCUGCGGGGGCUGGACCCCGUCUCUUCUCCCAGAGAUGGAUGGACUCGCAGAGACCACCGCUGGCUCGGUGGCGAUGAUCCAGAUUCCCGAAUCCUCGCCCCUUCGGCAACGAUUCUCCGCGACCAACUUUCCGGUGUUUCACUGGAACGUGCGAUCGGGCGAAAAUGGCAAUCUCUACGGCUUUCCUCUGGAUGACCGGGGGGUUUUAAAGAUCGGGUAUCGCGGCACGAAAUAUACUCAUCCGCAAGUCCAAUCCGACGGGCACGUGCGCAGCACACCGAUCACCAAAUGGACCUCCCCAUUUAUCACGGGGUUGCCAGAGAAAUCGGCCACCGUGAUACAAAACUUCCUCGAUCGGUAUCUCCCCGAGCUCAAGGCUGCCGGGAUCGGCAUCUCGCAGACCCGUUUGUGCUGGUACACGGAUUCCUAUGAUAACCACUGGGUGAUUGACCGGGUGCCGGGGAAGCGGGGGGUGAUGGUGGCCACGGGGGGGAGUGGCCAUGCGUUCAAGUUUCUGCCGGUGCUGGGGGGGUUGGUGGUGGACCGGGUGGAGGGGGUGCAGUCAGGCCUGCUGGAGUUAUUGCAGUGGCGGAAGCUGGGGGCAGGCGAGAAGGGGUCGAAUCGGUUGCAGCGGGGAUUUGGGGAUCCAAAUGCGCUGCAGAAGGUGAAGAUGGUGGACGAGCCGGGGAGGAUAAAGUGA